AACAACAGUACUUUGAAGUAGAAAAGCGUCUGGCUCAAAGUCAGGAGAGGCUUGUAAAUGAGACACAAGAAUGUCAAACUCUCCGUGAGGAGCUUAAAAAACUUCAUGAACAGUUCAAAUCACUGAAUGAGAAAAAUAAAGAACUUGAAGCUGCUCAGGAUCGUAAUGCAGCCUCUCAGAGCCAUUUAAGUAGAGAAAAAGAAGAACUGGAAGCUGAAAAGAGAGAUUUGGUUCGAACAAGUGAAAGACGAUCUCAGGAAGUUGAACAUUUAAACGAGGAUGUUAAACGCUUAAAUGAAAAGCUUACAGAAGCAAACACAGAAAAGGUGAAACUUCAGUUAAAGUUGGAUGAACUUCAAACAUCAGAUGUUUCCAUGAAGUACCGUGAGAAAAGGUUGGAGCAAGAAAAAGAACUACUACAGAAUCAAAACACAUGGCUGAAUACUGCCAGGGAGAAAGGCAAUGAAAUCUUGGAGCUUAAAUGUAAUCUGGAGAACAAGAAGGAGGAGGUUUCCAGAAUGGAGGAACAGGUAAACAGCUUAAAACAGUCAAAUGAAAAUCUUCAGAAGCAUGUGGAAGACCUUCUGAAUAAACUGAAGGAGGCAAAAGACCAGCAAGGUGGUAUGGAGGAAAGAUUUCACAAUGAACUGAAUGCCCACAUAAAAUUAUCCAAUUUGUAUAAGAGUGCUGCUGAUGACUCAGAGGCAAAGAGCAAUGAACUGACAGGAGCAGUAGAAGAGCUGCACAAGCUGCUGAAGGAAGCAGGUGAAGCUAAUAAAGCAACCCAGGAGCAUUUGGCUGAGAUGGAAGAGUCAAAAGCUGUAAUGGAAAAAGAACUGAGAGAGAAGAUCAGUAAACUGGAAAAGGAGCUGGAGAAUGCUAAUGAUUUACUGUCUGCUACAAAGCGUAAAGGAGCCAUAUUGUCUGAGGAGGAACUGGCAGCUAUGUCUCCCACUGCUGCAGCAGUAGCUAAAGUAGUCAAGCCUGGAAUGAAAUUAACUGAGCUGUACAAUGCAUAUGUAGAAACUCAGGAUCAGUUGCUUUUGGAAAAGCUGGAGAAUAAGAGAAUCAAUAAAUAUUUGGAUGAAAUAGUGCAGGAAGUAGAAGCCAAGGCACCAAUCUUAAAACGCCAGCGUGAAGAAUUUGAGCGUUCCCAAAAAGCUGUUGCUAGUCUGUCUGCAAAGCUUGAACAAGCUAUGAAGGAAAUCCAGCGAUUGCAGGAGGACGCUGAUAAAGCCAAUAAGCAUGCUUCUCUGCUUGAAAGAGAAAACCAGAGACUGGAAAUACAAGUAAAAGACCUUUCACAGCAGAUUCAUGUGCUUUUAAUGGAACUUGAAGAAGCUAGAGGCAAUCAUGUGAUUCGUGAUGAAGAAGUGAGCUCCGCUGACAUCAGUAGCUCUUCUGAAGUGAUAUCUCAACAUCUAGUCUCUUACAGAAAUAUUGAAGAACUUCAGCAGCAGAAUCAGCGUCUAUUGGUGGCUCUUCGGGAGCUGGGAGAGGCUAGAGAAAAAGAAGAGCAAGAAACGACGUCAUCUAAGAUUUCUGAGCUUCAGAGUCAGCUUGAGGAAGCUCUCAAUGAGCUAGAAAAACUGCGUGAAUCACGUCAUCAUCAGUUGCAGCUUGUUGAAUCUAUAGUUCGUCAGCGUGAUAUGUUCCGCAUAUUGUUGGCACAGACCACAGGAGCUAUCAUUCCUUUGCAAGCUUCAGGUAUAUUACCAGAGGAGAUUUCUCUUACAUCUACUCCAAAGCGCCCAAAUUUACCUCAAGCAAUGUCAACUCCUGCUCCAGUGUCAAUGACUGAGUCAGUGGAGACGGUGGAGGCUAAGGCUGCACUUAAGCAGUUGCAGGAAGUUUUUGAGAACUAUAAAAAAGAAAAGGCGGAGAAUGACAAGUUGCUGAAUGAACAAAAUGAAAAGCUUCAGGAGCAGGUCACAGACUUGAGGUCACAAAAUGCAAAGAUAUCCACACAGCUGGAAUUUGCCUCCAAACGUUAUGAAAUGCUGCAGGAUAACGUUGAAGGCUAUCGUCGAGAAAUAACAUCUCUGCAUGAAAGAACCCAGAAACUCACAGCAACAACUCAGAAGCAAGAGCAGAUAAUUAACACUAUGACUCAAGACCUCAGGGGAGCUAAUGAAAAACUGGCAGUGGCAGAGGUCAGAGCAGAAAACUUAAAAAAAGAGAAAGAUAUCUUGAAGAUGUCAGAUGUGCGUUUGACUCAGCAACGUGAAUCUUUAUUAGUUGAACAAAGAGGACAGAACUUGCUGCUUACUAAUUUGCGAACUAUUCAGGGAAUACUGGAGAGGUCCGAGACAGAAACAAAACAAAGACUCAAUAAUCAGAUAGAAAAGCUAGAGCGUGAGAUAGCUCAGCUGAAGAAGAAACUAGAAAGUGAGAUGGAACAAAGACAUUCCCUUACCAAAAAUCAAGAGGUUCAUAUCCUGGAUCUUAAGAGGCAACUCGAGACUGAGAUAAACCGUCACACAAACACAAAGGAACUUUUGAAGAAUGCCCAGAAAGAAACUGCGAUGUUGAAACAGCAGCUUAACAAUACAGAGGCUCAGCUAGCAUCUCAGUCAUCCCAGAGGGCUCCAGGGAAAGGUCAGCCUAAUACAAAUGAAGAUGUGGAUGAUCUUGUAAGUCGACUAAGACAAGCUGACGAACAAGUUAAUGACCUCAGAGAAAGACUCAAGACUAGUUCUAGUAAUGUGGAACAGUACAGGGCCAUGGUUCUUAGUCUAGAGGAAUCCCUUAAUAAGGAAAAACAAGUGACAGAGGAAGUUCGUGCAACAGUUGAAACUCGUCUGAAGGAAUCUUCAGAGUAUCAAGCACAGCUGGAAAAGAAGCUGAUGGAGUCAGAGAAAGAAAAGCAAGAACUGCAAGAGGAGAAACGUAAAGCUGUGGAGAAUAUGGAACAACAGCUAUCAGAACUAAAGAAGAGUCUGUCAACCGUGCAAUCAGAAGUUCAGGAAGCUCUUCAGAGAGCCAGCACAGCUCUAAGUAAUGAACAACAAGCCAGACGUGACUGCCAGGAGCAAGCAAAGAUGGCUUCUGAAGCUCAAAAUAAAUAUGAACGGGAAUUAAUGCUUCAUGCUGCUGAUGUUGAAGCAUUACAGGCUAUUAAAGACCAAGUUGCCAAGAAUGCAGCGGUAAGGCAGCAGCUAGAGGAAGCUGCUCAGAAAGCUGAGUCUGAAUUGUUGGAGUGCAAAGCCUCCUGGGAAGAGAGAGAGAGAAUGAUUAAGGAUGAAGCUUCAAAACUUGCAUCCCGCUGUGAAGAUUUGGAAAACCAAAAUCGAUUGUUACAUGAACAGCUGGAAAGUCUGAGUGAUAAGAUGGUGACCUCUAUGAAAGAAGCCAUGCCAACUGCAGUGAAUGUUUCUCUCAAUGAGGAAGGCAAAUCCCAGGAACAAAUCUUAGAAAUUCUUAGAUUUAUACGUCGAGAAAAGGAGAUUGCAGAAACUAGAUUUGAGGUGGCCCAGGUGGAGAGUUUGCGUUACCGUCAGAGAGUGGAGCACCUGGAAAGGGAACUCCAGGAAUUGCAGGACAGUCUCAAUGCUGAGAGAGAGAAGGUGCAGGUAACAGCAAAAACCAUUGCACAGCAUGAAGAAUUAAUGAAAAAAACUGAGACCAUGAACGUACUGAUAGAAACCAACAAGAUGCUAAGAGAAGAGAAGGAGAGGCUAGAGCAAGAGCUACAACAAAUUCAAGCAAAGGUACGCAAGCUUGAGGCAGACAUUCUACCUCUACAAGAGUCUAAUGCUGAACUAAGUGAGAAAAGUGGAAUGUUGCAGGCAGAGAAAAAGCUGUUGGAAGAAGAUGUUAAACGCUGGAAAGCCCGGACCCAGCAUUUAUUGAGUCAACAGAAGGAUACUGAUCUCGAAGAGUAUCGGAAGCUGCUUUCAGAGAAGGAGGCGAACACCAAGCGUAUACAACAAAUGAGUGAAGAAACAGGCAGGCUUAAAGCAGAAAUAGCCAGAACUAAUGCAUCCUUGACUACAAGCCAGAAUCUUGUUCAGAGCCUCAAGGAUGAAGUAACCAAAGUAAGAACGGAAAAGGACACUUUGCAGAAAGAACUAGAUGCUAAAGUGGCUGACAUACAAGAAAAAGUGAAAACUAUAACACAGGUCAAGAAAAUUGGGCGCAGGUACAAGACUCAAUACGAGGAGCUGAAAGCACAGCAUGAUAAGAUGGUUGCCAAAGCGUCAACUCAGUCUCUUGUAGAACAACAAGAAGAACAAGUUUCUGUCCAGGAAGUACAAGAGCUGAAAGACACUCUCAGUCAAGCUGAAGUGAAGACAAAGGCUUUGGAGACUCAGGUUGAAAGUUUACAAAAGACUAUAGCAGAAAAGGAAACUGAAGUUAGAAAUCUUCAGGAGCAGAUAACGCAGCUACAAUCAGAACUUGCUCGUUUUCACCAAGAUCUGCAAGAGAAGACUACGCAGGAAGAACAGCUCAGGCAACAGAUCACUGAGAAGGAAGAGAAAACUCGGAAGACCUUGCUUGCGGCCAAGCAGAAAAUUGCACAGUUAGCUG